AACGCAGUCUGCUGCGUGCUCAAAACAGUAGGUGGCAGCAAAGCAAGACGCCCGUCAACGUGCAGUCUACAGUAAGAUCAGAAGAAGAAGCAGAGGCAGAAGCAGAAGAAAACAGAAGAGGAACGAAUAAAGGGUUGGGACCAAGUGCUGUCAUUAUGAAGACGUGUAGCACUGUUCGAAGCUUCAGGCUGACACCGGCUUUGCUGCUGGUCAUCCUUCUCUGUGAGGUCAUCACCCAGGCGCAUGCCAGCAAGAGCUUUGAAGACGUGCGCUGCAAGUGCAUCUGUCCACCGUACAGGAACAUCAGCGGGCACAUCUACAACCGGAACGUCUCGCAGAAGGACUGUAACUGCCUGCAUGUUGUGGAGCCCAUGCCUGUGUAUGGUCACGAGUCGUGCAGCCGAUGCCUGUCAUGCGCAGUCCAUCACGAGCAGUGCAGGCAUCACACAAUCAAGGUAACCAUCAUUAUCUACCUGUCUGUGGUGGGCUCGCUGCUGCUCUAUAUGCUGUUCCUGCUGCUAGUGGAUCCACUGAUCCGUAAACACGACCCCUAUACUCAGCCCCUGCAGAACGAGGAGGACACUGAGGACAUGCGGCCGCAGGCGGAGGGUGCGGCCGGGCGGGGGAACACGGUGCUGGAGCGUGUGGAGGGGGCACAGCAGCGCUGGAAACGGCAGGUCCAGGAGCAGCGCAAGACCGUCUUCGACCGACACAAGAUGCUCAGCUAGACCUUCUCAGUGCCCCUUCCACCCUGACCCACAAUCCCUCCCCACCUGUCCCACAAUGCACCUCAGCCCUCACCCACAAUGCCUCUCCACCUGGCCCACAAUGCACCUCAGUCCUCACCCACAAUGCCUCUCCACCUGUCCCACAAUGCACCUCAGCCCUCACCCACAGUGCCCCUCUUCCCUUAUAUUAUCUUAUUUUUAUUUUAUCCAGAUAUUUUAAUUUAAAGGCACGAUACUUGUCCCACAGUGCCUCUCCCCCUUCCCACAAUGCACCUGAGCCCCAUCCCACAGUGCCUCGCCCCUUCCCAAAAUGCACCUGAGCCCUGUCCCACAAUGCACCUCUCACCAUCCCGCAAUGCACCUGAGCACUGUCCCACAAUGCACCUCUCCCCAUCCCAUAAUGCACCUGAGCACUGUCUCACAGUGCUGCAUCUCCAGAAACCCCCUCAGCUGUGCCCAGACUCACCAGCAGUGUCAGCACUCCAUCAGUGCUUGUCAUCUCGGAUAACGUUCCCUCAGCGCUAUUAUAAUAUUAUCACUGAGGCGUCAGCUUUACAGCUACAUUGCGUUUCCAUGGCACCCACGGAUAUGUGAUAUCCAGUGCCGUUCACCACUUAUGUCAUAGUUCUGUUUUCUCCAAAAUCAUCUCAGUGUGCAUUUUUUUGCAGAACGAGUCUCACAUCCCAUAAUGGUACUUCCCUGGGGCCAUUACUGCUGUUUUAAAACUCAUACGGCUGGUUCCUAAGCAGCGUUUAAUGCAGAGUUUAACGAUAGCACUGUGGGGCAGUGGCAUGUUGUCUGAGCUGAAAAUGGCAGGAUGUCAGUUGUGCUGCUUGUCUGUAGCGGUGCACUGAUAGCCUGAUUUGCCUUUAUCUGUGUUUUGCUCCUGGUUGUUUGACUUAAGUGGGUCUGGGAGAUUUUAAGGGUAAUCAUUUAUCCAUGAGCCUAGUGCCAUUUCUGCAGCUCGGUUUUUAUCCUGUAAUUCAGUCCUCCUGCAGGUAGAGUCCGCUAGCCCUCCUCAUUAAAACGCAUGUAACAGAAUAAUUGAGAAUCACCGAAAUCGUCUCAGUUGGUCAGUUUUAUAUGGUGGUUAUUGGGACAUGGACUUUAUUCGGUGAUUCUAUAUUUGGUUGCUUUGUCCAUAGAAUUUUCAAGUCAUGCUUACAGGUAAUGUAAUGCCACCUCUGUCAUUUCAUAUUUAUUUACAGCCUGUUCUCUUACAUAUUUAAAAUAGGUGGAUACUGGGACAUUUAGUGUUUUUAAACCGAAUUUCAGGCCAUCAAAUCAGACUGCAGGAAAAACGUAAUAUUCUGACUGUCAGAAUAUAUUGAUUUCUUGACCAACCUCACUGAGGGAGAAGAAAAGUAGGAUGACACACCAGGGUUCCUGAGAGACCUCUCCACUCCAUCACAUACACUGGAAGGAAGUCAUAGACAAAAAUUAACAAGACGUUUUUUUUUCUUCUAUUUUUAAAACCAGUACGUAAGCAUAGCCUGGCUAAAAGUGACCGGUGCUUUGACAUGUAAGCGCUGACACUGCAGCCAGUACAAUCUGUAAGAUAAGUAAUACAAAGAAAAAGCUUUCCUUUGAAUGUCAUAGAAUGUGAAGCACUUUUUUAAAACGUCACUGCACAGUGGCUUUAAGGGUAGAGUUUAAUUGGUUUGACUUUUGUAUUUGCACCAAGCUUGGCUACUGUACUAUCUUUAAUAUCAACGGUAAUCGUAUUGUAACGGAAUCACGUCGUCUUCUGUGCUUUGGUCAGGACGAUUUUAAAAUGGCGUCCAUCUCGGAUGAAUGUGAAAUGGGCGCAUGGCUCUUCGCGGUCGCUUGGUUUGUGAAACGCUCUGUUCUGCGCUGCACGCCUGUGCUCUUUGGCGGUGACGGUGACGCGAGCUGGCAUCCCGUACCCAGAAGACUGGGUGCGCUGUCCCGGCUAACGUUUGCCCCCCCCCCCCCCAACUGCCAUGCUUCCCUCCUUUUCCAACGGUAGCUGGGAUUCCGGGCACUCCAUUCCGUUUCGUUUGUUUUGGUCAUGUGACUCUGCUGAUUCUAAUGUCCUAAUAAUAACUUAUAUGAGAGUCAAAUCACUGUUUGAGUUUUUCCAAAGGCUCUACAAUCUAUUUAUUAUUUUGUUUUCUGAAUAAUUUAUUGUGAAUGUUGUUGUUCUUAUCGUGUUUGUUCAAGUUUUGCAGCCUUUUAUUUACAGUAUACGCAUGCAUACACAUUUAAAAAAAUGAUUAUUGCAUUGUAUUUUGCCUUUGUAUUUGGUUUUAUUGAAAUUAUUUUAUAAUUUUUCAUCUCAUAAAAUGGGUCUGGGAGUUUCUUGAAGGUAAAAUUGUUUGUGUUAAGAUUUAAAGAUGUGACAUUCCUGCUUGGCAAACAAUAAAGUACUGUCUCUACAGCCAAAAA